UUUCGCUUUUUAAAAUCACUUUCGGCACACCCCUGAUAUACAUUGAUUGGACUGAUAAACUUUUCAUUAGACUCAUAGAUUAUUUCUAAUGAGCUAGAAAUAACUUCUAAAACCUAUAACUUAUUUUUUACAGAACAAAACCAAAUUUUAUUGUUACCUAUGCCACCUUCUCCUAUGGGACAGCAUACAUUGGAGACGAUGACUCCGAACUCACCAGAUGCACCUGGAACUUCGAUUUCGUCGGAUCCGAUUACAACGGUUUCGUCGGUACAAGGUUAUAAAGUUAAUUUUUUGAAGAGUAUUACUUUAAUAAAUGAAGUUAGAAGUGAUGUUCGGGAGUGA